AUGAGUACCGAGAAACAACCAGAGAACGUGCAAACAAAGGAGCUUAGUAGGGAGGACUUCCUUAACUUCCUCUCGAAGCAAUCGAUAUCCAAGCUCACAAUGAAUGCUACUUUGGAGAAUGGCGAAAAGGUCAGCGCCCCCUUCUACGAAAACGAAAGUGGGUCGGGCAGCGACCACUCGGUUUUUAAGUCAGGUGAUUUCUUGAAAUUUCUAAGCUCGCAGGAUUCCUUGAUGCCCGAAGCUCCAGGUGAUGCAACCGGAGUGAAAGACUACAACAAGGCUGCUUCGCAGUUGAAAGCGAAGGACUUUCCAUCCCGCGAUUGGCACUUGGAGUAUGGAAAGAGUCAUGUUGAUGUAUCAUACCCAAGUUGCUUCAACGCCAAAUCGCAAGACGCUAAUCGCGGCCAGCCAUCAGUCUUGCCGCCAAAAAAGCGACAGGAUAAAUUCGAUUGGCAAGCACUUUAUGAAAAGGCUGUACCCAAGGGUAAACAGAAAGUUACAAGCUUGACCCCUUUAGUAGAAGCGGCAGCUCUUCUUCCGCCACAGCCCUUGGGCUCGCGCGGCGGCCCUGCAUUACAAAAUCAAAGUAGUGAAACAAAGAAAUCAUCAAAGCAAACAAAGCGAAAACCGAGAAAGAUAAUCCCAGUCGACAAAGAGUAUGUGGACGAUUAUAGCGAUUCAGACAUACUGUUUGGCAGGGGUGGAAGAUCGAAUCACCACCCUGGGAACAAGAUCUACAGAGAUGUUGUCACAGAAAAACAGCCAUACUAUAGAAAUUGCGACAAAAAUGAGAAGACAAAAGUCGCGCAAUCGAUUGUCGAUAUGAUUCAUGACCAUCAUGGAGGGCGAUUCCUCGAACUCGACAAAGAGACUUGUCGGUGGUACGUUGUUCCCAACGUUGUUGCGAGAAGAAAGGUAGGACAAGCAUUGCGAGAAAACAACACAGAAGAGGCUCGCGCGGCUAAGCGAGAAAAAUAUGGUCAAGGGAAGCCGAUCGACUGA